AUGGCGUACGCGAAGAAGGCCACCGCCGUGCUCAGCGUCGCGGUGAUCGCGUCGUUCCUUGUCGCCGCCGCUGAGAGUGAGAGCCGCCACAUUGCCCGGAAAGACCUGGGCGUCGGCCUCGGCGGCGGCGGUGGAGGCAGCCUCGGUGUCGGCACGGGUGGCGGCGUCGGGGUUGGUAGUGGUACAGGCGGCGGACUAGGGGUUGGCACGGGUGGUGGCCUGGGGGCUGGCACGGGCGGCGGGCUGGGUGUCGGUUCAGGGAUCAUCGGCGUCGGCGGUGGCGGCUCUGGUUCAGGUUCUGAGUCCGGCUCCGGCGCCGGGUCGGGAUCAGGGUCCGGGUCAUGGUCUGGGUCAAGCUCGGGCUCGGACGCGAGGUCUGGCGCCGCAGGCUCAUCGGCCGGCUCCUACGCUGAGUCAGGGUCCGGCACGAACGCCGGGCCCGGCGGCGCAGGAUCCUACGCGGGCUCGAGAGCUGGCUCGGACGCCGGAGGAGCAGGCUCGUACGCGGGCUCUGACGCCGGCUCGUAUGCAGGGUCCGGCGGCGGCGCCGGCUCCGGUGCAGGGUCCCAUGCCGGCUCCUACGCUGGCAGUGGACAUGGCAAGUGA